AUGCUUUGCAUAGUCGAACCUUUUACGCCGUUACUUCACUUAAUUGGCCAGCUUCUAAUUAUUGUCAUAGAAGAGAAAGAAGAAAUGGAAAGGAGGCCAAAUGAGAUCAAAGUAGUCGACAAUCAAGGUUAUUUUCCCAGACUUGAGAACCUUGCGGCAUUCCGGCCGGUUUCCACUGACCCGGCUCGUGCCACAUGCGGUUUCCCGGAAAGAAGUGUUUUUUGUCAAAGUGAUGUCGAUAUUAACAGCGUUCAGACAUGCGCUCAACGGCUGUGUGUCCAGGAGUGCCCGUACAGAUCAAAGCCUCCAGGCCACCGGCAGCUACUUCUCUCCGAUGUUGGUCGAUGUGUAAAGAAGGAUAAAUCCGACCUGCAUCCUGGAUCUCCCAACAACUCCACCAGUUUUAUUUUUUAUCACAAGGACUGUUUUGUAACGCCACCUGUUCUAAAAGUUGGAAGUUCCUUCACCCUGACUGUUUGGCUGAAACCCGAAGAAGAAGGCGUAAUGUGUGUGAUAGAAAAGUCUGCUGAUGGACAGAUUGUGUUCAAACUUACAAUCUCAGAGAAAGGAACCGUAUUUUAUUAUCGCACAGUAAAUGGUUUGCAGCCUCCUAUAAAAGUAAUGACACAAGGGAGAUUUCUUGUGAAGAAAUGGAUUCAUCUUAGUGUGCAGGUUCACCAAACCAGGAUAAGUUUUUUUGUCGACGGCCUGGAAGAUAACGGAACCGCGUUCGACUCCAGGACUUUGAGUGACCCUAUAUCUGAUACAGUAGUAAACACUUCCGUUGUACUGGGACAAAAUGCUAACGGCCUGGAGCAGUUUGUUGGAAGAAUGCAAGAUUUCCGACUGUAUGAAAUGGCCCUUACAAACAGAGAGAUCAUUGAAGUGUUUUCCAAAGACUUCCCCUAUUUGCACAUUCAGUCUGAAUGUCGUUGCCCUGGUAGUCAUCCUCGUGUACACCCUUUGAAGGAAAGGUUUUGCGUGCCUAAUGGUGUUAAUGAGACAACCAAGGACAUCAUUUUAAGACUAAAUCCAGAUUCACAUCCUUUAUCGUACAUUAAUGAUAAGGACCUUGAGACCACAUGGAUUUCACCCUUGCUUUCAUCUUCGGAUUUUCACAAUGGCAAUACCAUAACCCUGGACCUUCUCAACGGACAAUAUCAGGUUUUUUACGUCAUUAUUCAGUUUUACAGUCUAAUGCCACAAGCUUUAAAAAUCCAAAGAAAGAAAGACAGAAACUCACCUUGGGUGGACUGGCAAUAUUUUGCUAAUGAUUGUCAAUAUUUCGGAAUGGAGAACAAUGGGAUUCUUAAAUACCCUGAUUCAGUCAACUGUCAGCAGCUUCCCAGGGACACGCCUUACUCCCGCGGCAAUAUCACCUUUAGCAUUCUUAAACCAGAGCCCGCCAAUCGACCAGGAUAUAAUGACUUUUAUCGUACUGACAGUCUCCAAGAGUUUGUGAAAGCUUCCAGUUUGAGGAUUCAUAUGUUCGGCCAGUAUCACAGGGAGUGGACAGGCAGCUUUAAUAUCAGCCACAGGCAUCGGUACUAUGGAAUAAAUGAAAUCACUGUCAGUGGAAGGUGUAAUUGCCAUGGACACGCUAGAUCGUGUGAUACGAGCGUUUCACCAUACAGAUGUCUAUGCGAAGUACAAAGUUACACAGCUGGAAAUAAUUGUGAUCAUUGUCUGCCACUCUUUAACAACAAGUCCUUCCGACAAGGUGACCAAGUCAACGCAUAUAACUGCAGUCCAUGCCAAUGUCACAACCAUUCGUCCAGCUGUCAUUAUAACGUUACUCUGGACCGGUACCCCGAUGACCACGACCGAGGAGGUGGUGGGGUUUGUGACCAUUGUUUACACAACACUACAGGAAGGCACUGUGAAUGGUGCAAGAAUUUCUUUUUCCGGCAAGUUGACGCCAACCUCUCUGCCGCUGACGUUUGCAAACCUUGUGACUGUAACAUGCCUGGAACAGUUAACGGAAAUCUACAAUGUGAAAAGAUUGGAGGACAGUGUUAUUGUAAAACGCAUGUUUCGGGUCGGAAAUGUGACCAGUGCAAAGAUGGAUUCUACGAUUUGCGACAGGGAGAUCCCUAUGGCUGCCAGCCCUGUAACUGCAAUAUAUCCGGAACAGUGAAUGAGAGUAUAAUCUGUGACAAGACAACGGGCCAGUGCAAAUGCAAACCAAAUGUUACGGGACUUCGCUGUGAUGGUUGCAUCCUGGGCUUUAAACAACAGAAUCCACGAGGAGAAGAACCCUGUGAACCAUGCAAUUGCAGCGUAAAUGGCUCCAUCAAUCAGUUCUGCAAUCCCAUCACCGGACAAUGUAAAUGCAGAGAAGAUGUCAAAGGACCGGCGUGUGACACUUGUAUUGACAACUAUUAUGGGCUCGAUACAGAUGGCUGUAAACACUGCGAUUGCUACAAACAAGGAAUUAUCCCUGGGACGGUUUGUGAUCCCGUGACAGGACGGUGUGUCUGUCAGCCUAAUAUUGGUGGACGGCAGUGCAACGAGUGUCUGAGCGGUUACUACAAAGUGCAAAGGAAUAAUUGCAUUGCUUGUGUUGCCUGUAAGUGUGACACGUCGGGUACAAUCAACCGAUCGGAGACUUGUGAUAGCUCGACUGGGCAGUGCUUGUGCAAGGCUUUCGUUACAGGGAAGCGGUGCAACACGUGCAUGAAUCACAUGUAUAAUCUGAGUGACGAUGAUCAUCUGGGCUGUCGGCGUUGUGAUUGCGAUCCUUUUGGAACUUUAGUGAACACUACUUGUGACCGAGCUGAUGGACAGUGCAAAUGUUUGCCAAAUUACCAAGGACGAAGAUGUGAUGAGUGUAAGCCAGGUUUUUAUCUCUCUGAAGUUCAUGGCAUGAGAUGCGUGCCGUGCUUGUGCCACCCAAGUGGUUCACUUAAUGAGAUUUGCAACAGUACAAAUGGCCAGUGUGCCUGCCAAGAUUCCUCGAUAACCGGACAAAAAUGUGAUCGAUGCCAUGAAUUAUUCUUUGGAUUUGAUUUAAAUUCUGGAAGGUGCAGGCCGUGCACCUGCAAUGCAGCCGGGGCAGUUAAUAACAGUUGCGAUGUGGUCACUGGGCAUUGCUUUUGCAAACAAUUUGUUAGAGGCUUCACCUGCGACCGCUGUGUUGAGGAUGCCAGCCAUCUGGAUGCCCUCAACCUAUAUGGAUGCAGCACAACUCCAAAACAACAGCCUCCCCCGCAAGGUUAUAUUCUCAAUAGUACCACCAUCAUCCUGUCCUGGAAUCCACCCGAUUCCCCCAAUUCUAAUCAAUUGAACUACGUGUUAUACAGAGAUAAAAUAGUGAUCUACAAAACUACAGACCGUUAUCCUUACGGUCUUCAGAAUUAUACAGAUACAUCACUAUCGCCGUACACUGAAUACACCUAUUAUAUCGACGCUUAUAAUGUACAUGGACUUGUGACCAGUACGAAGGUUGUAUAUCGAACAAGAUCUGGGGCCCCCACUGGAGAAAUGCGUUUGAGUCACAGCAAUCCUGCGGAUCCAUACUCGGCAUCGUUCAAUUGGUCGAUGUCACUUGGUCAAUCUGGUCCUAUUGAAAGAUACAGAUUAAUGUAUACUACAGUAGAUUCGCUGGAACCUAACAUAUGUUAUGAAGGACUAAACACAUCCAUGACAAUGACAAAUUUAUUACCUUUCACGAGGUAUAAUUUUACUGUCCAAGCAUGUACGGCUGAAGGUUGUUUGCAGAGUUCACCGGUUACACUAGUGACGCCUCAAGCUCCUCCUGCCCACCAGGACCCUCCAGUUUUGCGGAACUCCAGCUCUACAAAACUCCAACUACAGUGGUCUCCACCUUCUCACCCCAAUGGGAUUAUCAUACGAUAUGAAGUAUACAUGAGAGGGGUAGAGCAAAUACAUGGCAAUCGCAUUCCAGCCGCAAGACGUGUUUUCCAUACUACGGGGUGGCUAAACCCUCAGCCAAUUGUGGAGUCAGAAAAUGAAAAUGCUUUAAAGCCUCCUUCCACCAGCACGCAGGUUACCAAUCUAGAGCCUAACACUGAGUAUGAGUUUUGUGUGGUGGCGGCAAACAUGGCUGGAAGUGUGACUUCAGAAUGGGUGGCCAUGAAAACCAAAGAAUCAGCGCCUGUCUUCAUGCCGGCUCCAACAAUAUUUCCCCUUUCAGCCCACUCGCUAAAUGUGUCCUGGGAAAGACCUACCAAUAAUGCAGCGAGAGGGAAAGUUACUGGUUUUACCAUCAACGCUGUAACAGAGGAGGCAGCUGACGGUCCCCGCAGCGCUCCAGCUUCUGAGGUACUCUACGUGGCAGAGGCUAAUGAGUUGUUCUAUGAAGUGACGGGACUGGAACCGUACCACGGAUACACCUUUACAAUUACCUUCUGCAAUACCGUUGGCUGCGUAACCAGCGCACCAGGUGCGGGACAGACUCUGGCUUCAGCACCCGAAAAUGUAAAUGCGCCCGUAGCGCAUGGGAUUAAUAGCACCGUGAUGAAGAUUACCUGGCCGGCACCUUCGCCCCUCAAUGGUCCUUCACCGGUCUAUCAACUGGAAAGAGUAGAUCCGUCAUUAACGAUGUCGAGCAAAACAGACUUUGUGAAGGGAACUCGCUUUCCCGGGAAUGGCUAUUUGAAGUUCCCACCUUCCACUUUGCCAAUGAACACCUAUUUCACAGGUAUUAAAAUACAAUUCCGGACUAAGGAACCAGAUGGCCUUAUUCUCUGUGCUGUGUCAGCGGGAACGCAAGAAGAAUACAUAGCUCUCCAAAUAAGAAACGGUCGCCCUUACUUCCUUUUUGAUCCACAGGGUUCAGCAGUUUCCGUUAGUCCUACCAAUGAUGGAGAAAAGCAAUACAACGAUAAUAAAUGGCAUCAGAUAAUCGCUAGAAGGUAUCAGUCAACCGGGAACAUAACUGUAGACGGACAGUAUACAGGUUCUUCCGUAGCCAUUAGCGGAAGUACAAUCAUUGGUGAAAACACUGGAGUGUUUAUUGGAGGUUUUCCAGAAUAUUUUGCAAUCGAAAGAUAUGACACAGUAUGGGAGCCGCUGCAGUGGAACGGCGCGGUAGAAUCUAACAAUAUUUAUGAGAAAUGGGAAGGGUGUCCGGACUCAGCCGAGGAAGGAGCACAUUUUCUUGGGUUUGGUUUUCUUGAGCUGGAUCCAAGCAUCUUUCCCGAUGGACCUGAUUUUGCGAUAUCUUUUAUGUUUAAAACCGAUCAAUUAAAAGGACUGCUUGUUUUUGCUUGCAACGGAAAUGGGACAGAAUAUUUCAUUGCUCAGUUAAACAAUGGAAUGCUAAAUGUCAAAAUUAAAAACAAAUCAUCCCAGGGUGAGUUAAACCUUUGGGCAGGACUCUCCUACUGCAAUGGGAGAUGGAAUACAAUUCAUAUGCAGAAAGAAGGAACCAUUUUUUCAGUGCAGCUCAAUGAUUUGGUAGAACGAGUAGAUAUAACGGAUUCACUAUGUCCAACAACAACUUUGAGGUCUGCUCUAUACAUUGGCGGUGUCCCGGAAAGGGUUCAGCACUUAUUUCCAGACCUUGCUUUGCGACAUGGUUUUGGCGGCUGCAUGAAGCAUCUUACAUUUACACAAGGAGUGGUUGUUAUCUUUGCGUCUGUAUCUCGCAGCGCUGUCAGAGUCAAUCUAGACGGAUGCCUCUCAACUGCCAGCGCUGUUAACUGUAGGGGGAACGACUCCAUUGUAGUCUACAGAGGGAAGGAACAGACUGUUUAUGAAAGUGACCUGCAACCAUUUACUGAAUACUUGUACAGAGUGUAUGCUUCCAAUGAUGGAGGAACUGGGGCAAGCGCUUGGAGUCGAGGACGUACGAAAGCAGCGGUGCCACAAAAUGUGCAAACUCCCCUAAGACUUCUCGACGUAAAUGGAUACAGCGCAGAGGUGACCUGGGCCAGACCUUCCGGGGUCAGAGGGGUAAUUGAGCAGUACUUUCUGAACGCCUAUACGGAGAACAGUCCUAAUAUAUUUACCAGCGGCGCUGUGUUCUCUGACAGCAGCCAGGUCAACGGCACACUGAGAGGCUUGCAGCCGUCCACCAUGUACAUUGUAACUCUCUCUGUAUGCACUCAAGCCGGCUGCAGUGAGAACUCGCAUGUCCUGCGCGUCUCCACUCUGGAGGAAGUUCCGGAAGAUGUCCAGACACCAGUCGCAGAAUCCUUUCCGGAUUCAUUACAUUUACAUUGGCCAUCGCCCAGGAAACCGAAUGGCAUUAUAACAAGAUAUAUUUUAUAUAUGGACGGAUCACAAAUUUACAAAGGAAUUGAAAGGGAACACAACGUGACAGCACUGGGGACCUUUACUGCCCAUCACUUUGUUCUGAGCGCUUGCACGCUUGCUGGUUGUGCAAACAGUACCCAGGUCACAUUAUACACCGCGCAGAGUCCGCCAGAUCGCGUGGAUGCCCCAAACGUGACCAUUCUGGAUCCCACAAGUAUAUUUGUGCAGUGGAACGAGCCAGAGGCAGUCAAUGGAGUUCUUGAACGCUAUAUGAUACACAUCUCAAAAGAUAAUAGCAGUUGGGAUGUUGCCUACAACAGCACGGAACUUUUUUUAGACUACACCAUUAGACGGCUAUCCCCCGGCUCCACGCAUUUUAUAAGAAUAAGUGCUUGUACGGCAGGAGGAUGUACAACAAGCAAGAUAAGCACAAUCACAACUGACGAAAGUAUACCGGAAGGAGUGAAGCCUCCAUUAAUCCAGUCUCAUUCACCUUACUCUUUCAACAUCUCCUGGACUGAGCCUAUAUUCCCUAACGGUAUUAUAACUGGUUACGGACUGUAUAUGAACGGAAUCUUAAUGCAGAAUUCUUCACAACUUAGCUGUUUUGUGGAUGGACUCUCUCCCUGGAGUAAACAUUCCUUCAGGCUUCAAGCAUGUACUGCAAAAGGCUGUGCCCAAGGAGAAGAGGUUGAAGCUCAUACAGAAGAAUCACAGCCUGAAGGAAAUAUCCGGGUGCAUUCUAUUACCGAUGGACCAAGAGGCAUUCAAAUAAAAUGGCAAGGACCAGAAAAGCCCAAUGGAAACAUAACGUACAGUGUUAUUGUUGAUGGAUUAUUUUAUGUUCCACCAACAGGAAAUGAAAUUUGUGGUGUUGUUAAUUCCACCAAAGUCUUGCAUCGCAGUCAAGAUAGUAACAAAUGGGUUUUUAUUGCUGGUCUGGUCCCCUUUUCCGAUUACAGCAUCCGCAUCAAUGCCUCCAAUAGUCAAGGAUACCUGAUCAGCGACACAAUCCUUAUAACUCUACCUCCUGGUGCUCCAGAUGGCGUCCUGCCUCCGAGGGUUUCAGCUGGCACUCCAACCAGUCUUCAGGUUGUCUGGUCUACACCAGUCCGUAAUAACGCUCCUGGCUUCCCCCGAUACCGGCUCCAGAUGAGGGCUACGGAUGCCACCGAUGAAAUCACAGACUUAUAUACUGGACCCACGGCCUCCUUUACAUAUACUGUUAAAGAUCUCCAGCCAUUUACAGCUUAUCAUCUAAGAAUUGGUGCAUUUAAUAAGUAUGGCGGUACCAAUAGCAACUGGACUGUUAUGUUUACUGAAGAAGAUAGACCAGGACACAUAAACCCACCCUCAUUCUCUAGUGUGAAAGCACGAUCACUAACAAUUACGUGGCAACAUCCUUUGCAACCAAACGGUAUAAUUACUCAUUAUAAUAUUUACCAAAAUGGAAGCCUACGGGCAGCUGUUCCAGGAAAUAGCUCAAGUUACAACCUUCUGAAUUUGAGCCCAUACACUCUCUACCAGUAUCAGCUCGAGGGAUGCACAUCUGCGGGUUGCACUCUGUCUUCGGAGUCUUUAAUAGUGCAAACCCAGCCAGAUGCCCCAAGUGAUAUCCCACCACCUGACCUCUACUCCGACACUCCAACCUCGGUUGUCAUAAAAUGGCGCCCUCCAGUUCACCCAAAUGGAAUAGUAGAUAAUUAUACAAUUGAAAGAAGGAUAAAGGGCACAGAGCGAAUUUAUAAACUGUUCACAUUACUCAAGACUCAUGCCAUGGAGUACGUGGAUCAAACAAGUGACUUAAGCCCCUGGAAAACAUAUGAAUACAGGAUUACAGUGGCUACAGUUAAUGGAGGGGCCAAUAGCAGUUCUUGGUCAGAAGUAAAGACAAGACCAUCGCGACCUGCAGCAGUGGAGCCUCCAGAUGUCUCUGUAUUAGGACCAUAUUCAGCAAUGGUCACUUGGAAAAUGCCUCUUAUGCCCAACGGAGAAAUAAUAAAGUAUGAGAUCCGCAUGCCUGAACCACGAAUUACCAUCGCUAACACGACGCUGUUACGCCACACAGUGACAAAUCUCAUCCCAUACACCAACUAUUCUGUGAGCGUCAUGGCCUGUUCUGGAGGGGACAUCUACCAUGGAGGAUGUACUGAAAGUCCACCUACUCAAGUGACCACCUAUCCUGCUCCCCCUGAGGGCAUUAACCCUUUGACAGCAACUCCAAUCAGUGAGACAUUUAUCACUGUUUCUUGGCAACCUCCAUCAAGGCCAAAUGGACCAAACAUAAGAUAUGAACUCCUGAGACGUAAAAUCCUGCAACCACUUGCAUCAAAUCCCCCUGAAGAUUUAAAUCUGUGGCUGAAUAUUUACUCAGGAACUCGGUGGUUUUAUGAAGAUAAGGGUCUUAGCAGGUAUACAUCGUAUGAAUACAGACUGAUUGUCCAUAACGCUGUGGGAUACACAAGCGGUCCGGAAGUCACUGUGACUACAAUGGCCGGACCACCAAAAAAAGGAUGCAGCAUUAAGGCACUGCCUGUUAACCACACAGCCAUCGAAGUAGCAUGGUCCAAACCCUCUCUGCAAGACUUGCAGGGAGAUGUAGAACAUUACACUCUGCUCUUGAAUUCAUCGGGCUUUGAGAAGACUCUGACUUUCGCCGCAGAUGUGAACUCGGCCACCAUCGGAGGAUUAUACCCAAGCACAGAAUAUCUUCUGCGUCUCCAGGUGUCCAACGGGGCCUAUACUACAGGCAGCGACUUCGCCCAAGUGACCACGUUGGAUGGAGAGCCUGAGGGUAUGUUCCCUCCAGAGGUUGACAUCAUCAGCCGUACAGCUGCGCGUGUGAUCUGGACAUCGCCUUCUAACCCAAAUGGCGCUGUCACAGAAUAUUCAAUCCAUGUAAAUAAUAAGGUCUAUCGGACAGGAAUGAGCUCACCUGGUGCCUAUAUUCUUGAGGACCUGUUACCGUACACAGUGUACAACAUUCAGGUUGAAGUGUGUACGGUGUAUGCUUGUACCAAAAGCAACGCCACCCAAGUUACCACGGCUGAGAAUGAGCCCAGUAACAUACCAUCACCGAUUAUAAAGAGCGUCAACUCCAGAUCGGUGGAGAUUUCUUGGGCUUCACCAGGACAGCCGAAUGGAAUCCUUCUCGGCUUUGACGUGCGGCGAAAAACCUUCUACACGUGUAGUUUUGGAAUUACGUCUUGUGUCUACCACAGGUGUAAAAAGAAUGAAGACAUUUGUGGAGAUACCUGCUACAGCCCAGAAACUCAGGCAUGCUGCAGUGGGGUCCUACAUGACAGGAGAUCUGGAUAUCGGUGUUGUGGAGAUCAUUAUGUUGCGUCUGGCCUGGAUCCUGUGGAUUGCUGCAGCGGGAACCUGUAUCCAGUUCAACCCUCGUACCAGUGCUGUGGGACAUAUUAUAUAAAGGUUCAACCAGGGGAGGUUUGCUGCUACAACGCGCUAGAGAACCGAGUGUCGGUCGGGGACGGAGACUCUUGCUGCGGAGGAACGCCGUUCUCAACGUCUGGAAAUCAGAUAUGUUGUGGGGGAUCGCUGUACGACAAAUCCCAUCAGCAGUGCUGUGGGGGGGAGAUCGCUGGGCUGGACUUUGUUUGCUGUGGAAAUGAUGAGGAAGGAACGCUCCACAGGCCGUCUCCAGGCUUGAGCUGUUGUGGCAAUGAAUAUGUGAACCUCUCAGAGUCAUUUUGCUGUUCCGACUCUAAUGGGCAAUUUAAAAUACAUCUAAAAGAGCAUGAGCACAUGUCAUUUAAAUGCUGCGAGAGCGAACUUAUAUCCGAGACGGAGGAAUGCUGUAACGGAGCGGGAUAUAAUCCAUUCAUUCAUGCUUGCGCCAACAAGGUUCCAGAGAAUUUCUACACUAAGCAAGAAAAAUGUGGUUUGAGUCGUUUGUGCCCGAUCUCUUUGGCCGAUUCAGCAUACUGUGGCCAGUGUAGUUUUAAUGUGGCUACUGAUUCUUGUUUCGUGAGAAAUAGAACUGUGCAAGUUACAGGAACGUCACAUGAAGUAGAAGAUUUCUGCCCCACAGAGGAAGAAAUUGUCUAUACUGGAGGGCCAGACACAUAUAAUUUUACAGAUACUGGUCUUGAUCCUUUCACUACUUAUGAAUACAGAGUUUCUACAUGGAACAGUGCUGGUCAUGGGUUUAGCAAUGCAAGCAGAGUAACUACCAAGCAAGGUAGACCUCAAGGAGUACAUCCACCAAGAUGGUCCAAAGUGGACAAACGUGAGGAUGCGAUAUUAUUGAGAUGGAAAGAACCUGCAAAACCAAAUGGUGUUGUUCAUUAUGUUAUUCUUCGAGAUGGAAUUGAACAUUUCAAGGGGAUUUCGCUACAAUUCUUGGAUAAAAGAGGCAUUCAGCCAUAUCGGGAAUACACCUAUCAGCUCCGCGCAUGCACAGUGGCCGGAUGUUUAGACAGCGCAAAGGUGUAUGCAGCCAUUAAACAAGGAGUGCCGGAGGAUGUAGCCCCGCCCACUAUUACCGCCGUGAACUCGACUGCUUUACUGCUUAGUUGGCCGAUGCCGAAAAAGCCCAAUGGCAACGUCAAAGAAUAUAAGAUUAAUCAGAUUGGUAAAGGAGUUAUCUAUGUGACCAAGGAGGGGAAGAAUCAAUACACUGUUACAGAUCUCCAGCCGUAUCGGCGAUACUACUUCUCACUUACAGUUUGCACGUCCAUUGGUUGCUCCACCAGUGAGCCAUUCUCUGGUCAGACAUUGCAAGAUGCUCCUCAAGGAGUGUGGUCAAACCCUCGCCAUGUUAUAAUCAAUACAACAGCGCUGGAACUAUAUUGGAACGAACCCGAGAUGCCCAACGGGAUCGUCGCGCAGUACAUUCUGAUACGGAACGGAGAAGUCAUUUCCAGAAGAAGUGGGGAAUGUUUGAAUUUCACCGAUGUUGGCUUACUGCCCGACAGCAGGUACUCUUACCAAUUGGAAGCAAGUACCGAAGGAGGAAGAGGCAUUAGCGAACUUUAUGUAACUGAGACUCCAGCUGAAACACCACAAGAUAUUCCUUUGCCGUAUAAUAUCACGGUGCUUGGGCCGCAUACAAUAUACGUCGCUUGGGAUUCUCCAGGUGUUUUUAGUACCAGUAUCCCUUUGGCAUUUAAUGUUUUGCUGAAUGCUGGCAGAAUGGAAUCAGAGGUUUAUUCAGCUGGAGAAGAAAACUUCAUUGUUUUAAAAAAUCUCAAGCCGCAUACCCAGUAUGACAUAAGAAUACAAGCCUGUCAAAAUGGAGGUUGUGGCGCUGGGUAUUCAGUGUCUGCUUUAACUGAGGAAGCUGCUCCAGAGGAACUCGAUCCCCCAGUUGUUUCAGCGGAUGAUGCAAAGUCCAUCAAGGUUACAUGGAAGCCACCUAAGAAACCAAAUGGAAUCAUAACCAAAUACUACAUUCACAGACGUCUUGCUGAUCAACAUGAAAUUGCUCUUGUGUUUGUUUGGAGUGAAGGGCUUUUAGAAUUUAACGACUCUUCAGACGGACUCUUUCCUUACGCGGCAUAUGAAUACUGUAUCGCAGCCCAAAACAGCAAAGGUUCGGUAAAAAGCCCAUGGACUUUAAUUCGUGCACAAGAAGCUGUGCCUGAAGACAUGGAACCUCCCAGUGCUCAAGUAAGGGGCGCAUAUUCAGUCUCAAUUAGUUGGACACCGCCCCGGUACCCUAAUGGGGUCAUAAGACAUUAUCAUAUCCUAUAUCAAGAGACCGGCAGUGAUGAAAGUAUCAGUGCUUCUUCUACUAAUUCACUCACGGUACCGGGGUCAUCACAUCAUACGAAAGUGUUUGGUCUAAAUCCGUUUUCAACAUAUAAAAUAUGCGUUGAAGCGCUGAACAACGCCGGUAAAAUCUCCAGUCCGUGGAUAUUUGUACAGACAUUGGAAGCCCCACCAAGUGGAGUGAACAACUUGACCGUGGAAAAGAGAGAGAAUGGACGAGCAUUAUUGAUCCAGUGGUCUGAGCCCAGAAAACCCAAUGGAGUUGUGAAGACAUAUAACAUUUAUAGCGAUGGAAACCUUGAAUAUAGUGGUCUGUCUCAUCGAUUCUUAUUCCGAAGGCUUGAACCACACACGGUCUACACAUUAAUACUGGAAGCCUGUACUGCAGCCGGCUGCACCCAGACGUUUCCACAGCCAGUCCAAACAGAAGAAGCUCCCCCUGCAUCCCAACACCCGCCAGCUAUAGAGUCAUGUAAUUCAACCCACAUAAAACUCAAUUGGUCACCCCCAAUUCACAGAAAUGGCGUAAUCAACCACUAUGAUGUCAUUAAAAGGUGCAGGCAGGGAAAUUGCUCUCCACUCAGGAAGAACAUGUAUGAUGGGGAGGUUAUACACACCGAAUUUAACACAAGCGGUAACAUAUUUAGAUAUAUCGAUGAUGAAUUACGCCCUUGGACCAGCUACGAGUAUAAAAUACGAGCAUGGAACUCUGCAGGAUCAACAAACAGCUCUUGGAUCUUGGCACAGACUAGCCAAGCAGCGCCGAGCAAACUUCUUCCGCCAAAGUUAUACCACGUGGAGAACAGUCCCGACAAAUUAUAUAUUCAAUGGACACGACCAGUGGAAGCAAAUGGCAUUAUACUGUCCUAUAGGUUACAAAGGAAUAGCACCGCUCUGCCUUUUAGUUUUGAUUCCUUGACAUUUAAUUACACGGACAGAAAUCUCAUGGCUUAUUCAGACUAUAGUUAUUCUGUAAUUGCAUGUACACUCGGGGGCUGCUCCACCAGCCUUCCCGCUCAUAUAAAAACAUUAGAAGCACCACCAGAAUUGGUGACUUCACCAAAUGUAGACUUGCUGAAUGCUACUACGAUCAACGUGACCUGGUCUUCACCUCUAAUACAGAAUGGAGAAAUAACAAAGUAUAUAGUUCAAAUGGAUGAUGAGAAUCAUUUUGCUGGAAAAGGGUUAUACAAAGUGGUAUCUAACCUAGAGCCAUUUACCCUUUUUGAUAUUAAUUUGCUUGCCUGCACCAAUGGAGGGUGUGCAUCUAGCUCGCCUGUGACUUUUAAAACUAUGGAAGCCCCUCCAACAGGCAUGAGGGACCCCACCUUUACAGUCACAGGAGCAGACUCCGUUCAGAUAAUGUGGCAAAUUCCAGAUAAACCUAACGGGGAAAUUAGGAGCUACGAGCUACGCAGGGAUGACCUUGUGAUUUAUGUUGGUUCCGACACUCAUUAUUAUGAUUUGGGACUUCAACCUGGAACGGAAUACACUUACAGCGUACAAGCGAGUAACAAUCAGGGGAGCACCUCGAGGUCUUCUGCAAGAAUUAGAACCGACCCCUCUUCGCCUUCUGGCAUGGAGGGUCCUCAGAUGGAAGCUAAAGGGCCCCAUGAGAUACUGGUGACCUGGCGCCCUCCUUCCAGGACCAACGGUGACAUCGUCAACUAUACUGUAACAAUCCGUUCUCCUUUUAAAAUGGAAGAAAAACAGUAUCAGUUUAACAAUUCAUUCACUGUGCGCAGGACUUAUUCAUUCACAGUUAAAGACCUGAUGCCGUAUCACCAGUAUGAUGCUAAAGUUGAGGCCUGCACUUUACUUGGCUGUGCUGCCAGUGGCUGGGUUACAGGGAGUACAUUGGAGGCACCACCUGAGUCACAGCCUCCUCCAUUCAUAGAUCUCCAAACAGACCAUCAGGUGCCAUUGAUUAUCUGGAAUAGCCCCCAACAGCCAAAUGGUCAAAUCAUAUACUACGAGUUAUAUCGCAGACCCGACUUAAAAGACAUCUCCUCCUCUAAAUUGGUCUACAAUGGGUCUUCAACAUCAUUCAAGGACGUGAACGUCUUGCCAUUCACCAAAUAUGAAUAUCAGGUCUGGGCCGUUAAUUCUGCAGGAAAGACACCGAGUCCGUGGGUUUACUGCCAGACCGGUCCGGCCGCCCCGGAGGGAGUACCGGCUCCGGUAUUUGAAUCGGUGUCUUCUACAACAGCUGUGGCCGAUAUCACAACUCCGUCCAAACCUAAUGGCAUUAUAACCCUGUACAGACUCCUGUCUACCGGUAACGAAGGGGCCGAUACCGUGCUGUCCGAAGGGACGUCCGGUCAGCAGACGGUUUAUGGUCUCAAGCCCUUCACCAAUUACUCUGUCCUUGUGGAGGUCUGCACCUGCUUAAAAUGCUGCAGCCGGGGGCCUGUGGUGCAAAUAACCACUCAACCCGCCCAACCGUCUCAUCUGCUGCCACCACGUGCAACGUCUACGGCUUCACGAGCAGCUUCAUUUCAUUGGCAUGAACCACAGUCACCUAAUGGGAUUAUCCAAAGUUAUGAAGUUCACACGCAGAUAACCUGCCCUCAACCAGCCCAGGUAGGAGAUAUACCGUGCACACCGGGGCAAAUCGAAGUAACAUGCCGUGGAAGGGAGAAGUUAUGUGAUGUAUCGAACCUCCAGCCAUAUACACGUUACAGAGUCCGUGUGGUGGCCAACAAUUCUGCGGGUAGCACUGCGUCUGAGUGGACCAGCUAUACUACGUUAAAAGAGAAGCCAGAGUACAAAUCCAAUUUUAUUGUUUCAAGUAACAUAACAACUUUAUUCCUGGACUGGAGUUUGACCUUCCAGCUCAAUGGACGCUUGAAAGAAUUUGCCGUUACGGAAAGGGGCCAGAGAGUCUACAGCGGCCUGGACAGCAGGCUUUAUAUUCCAAAAACCACGGAUAAAACCUUUUACUUCCAGGUGACAUGCACCACAGACAUGGGGACCGCUAGCACCCCGAUCGUGAGAUACAACUCCGCCACGGGACUUGCUCCGGCGCUGACGUUUCCGAGCGGAAAGAACGGAACGGCGGAGACGGGGAACGCAAUUUACAAUGAGCUGUGGUUUAUAAUCCUGAUGGCCCUUUUGGGGUUGCUGCUAUUAGCCAUCGUUUUAUCAUUGGCCCUCCAAAGGAAAUUGAGCAAACAGCCGUACCCCAGAGAUCGGCCCCCGUUGGUUCCCCUGCAGCAGCGCGCCUCUCCUUCAAGUGCUUAUUCCCAGAAUGAGACUUACAUGAACACUUCUCUAUCUGAUAACCAGCAUGCUCUUCUGCAAGGGCCUCUUACACAAGUUCCUAUCACUUUAUCAUCACAAGUCUCAGAGACAAAUGGAAAGUGUGAUCCGGUUGCCGUUCUCUCCGGUUCAUCAAACCAAGUAACCCUAAAACGUUUCACAAUGCACUCAGAGGGAAUAUCUGAAAUAAAGAUCCCAGGACUGGAGUCAACGGUGAUCCGUAAAACAAGCCACAGCCAGAUCAGCCACAGCUUCUCCCAGAACUCCCUGUACCGCAGUGCUAGCCAGCUGAUGACUUCACACGAUAAGAAGUCCUUGGUGGACAGCUCGGUAUGGGACAGCGUUCUACAGGGACACGACAGCGGGAUGUACAUGGAUGACGAAGACCUUGUCAGUACCAUAAAAAGCUUCAGUACAGUAACGAAACAGCACACGGCCUUCACGGAUACGCCUCUAUAGAGAGGGCGAGCGCAACUUUUAAACCAAAGAAUUGCCUUUUUAUAGUUAA